AUGGCCCUUAUCGAUGUUUUUGGUAUGACUAUACCCGCCACUAUGGCUGCCAAUAUUGGUGAUGACAUUAUAUCAUACUUAUUUAGAUACCCAACUACAAUUUUAAAACCUCAAGAAGCUGCUCAGGUUGAACUGCUUAUAUUUACUUUAACUGCUUUGAAACCAAAAUUGGUGGCGUCAAGAGUAUUUAACGUUGAAGUGAGCCUUAUUGCAUCUGAAGAUACUCAAACCACAGGAGCGUUUGUUUCUGUCGUUAUAAUAAGCAUGUGCCUUAUCGAUGUUUUUGGUAUGACUAUACCCGCCACUAUGGCUGCCAAUAUUGGUGAUGACAUUAUAUCAUACUUAUUUAGAUACCCAACUACAAUUUUAAAACCUCAAGAAGCUGCUCAGGUUGAACUGCUUAUAUUUACUUUAACUGCUUUGAAACCAAAAUUGGUGGCGUCAAGAGUAUUUAACGUUGAAGUGAGCCUUAUUGCAUCUAUUUCUGGAGCCGUUGUUACGUAUAUUUUGGUUGCUUUGCAAUUACACCAGGCUUUUAUAAAAAAUUUAAAAAACAUUGAGGCUGAAAGAAAUUAA